AUGGGGGCGGCCCCGGCCCCGGCCCCGGCCCCGGCCCCGGCCCCGGGAGGCGUGGGGCGCCGAAGGGAAGUCGUGGGGCGGGGCCCGGCGUCCCCCCUGGCGCGCCCCCGCGCAGAGUCCCGGCGUCCGGCGGCGGCGCGCGGCAUCACCCCACUGGCGGCGGCGCGCCUGGUCCCGGGGCGCAGCCCUGACGCUCAUUGGCCUGGGCGGCGCAGCCAAGCUGUCAGCCCAUGUGGCGUGUCCGCGCGGGGACGGCAGCGGUUAAAUAGCGCCGGCGCGGACCUAGAGGGAGCCAGAGAGACGGAAGCGGCCCGGCCUCCCCUCCGCCGCGCGCUCCAUCCUCGCUCUCCCUCCGCCGCCCACGCCACCGCCCGCGCCCAGACCAGGUACGAGCGGCCAGGCCGGGCCGAGGUCGGGAGUUGGUUGCCGGGGACCGGAGUCCUGGGGCCGGGCAGGGGCCGGGGCGGGGGUGGUGCGGUCAGGCUCGAGGGGGCGCCGCCGGCCCUCAUCUUCCGGCCUUGGGCGCGCGUCGUCCGGCGCGCCAGUGGUGAGGGGUCGUCCCGCACAGCCUGCCCUGGUCUCGGGGUCCGAGCCCCCGGUCUGGAUAUUCGAGCCCCACGGGGCGCCCGAGGCCGGGCGGCGAAAGGCCCUCGCGGCAUGCCCCAGGCCCGGCGGGGCAGGUGGGCGGAUGGCGAGGGGCGGACGCCCAAGAGAGCCGCGAACAGCCAUUUUGGUCUUGGGCUGGGCCGGGCGGUUGCGGACCCUCGGGGGCCUGUAGGAGCCCCCAGCCGCCCGGUGUGCGCCCAGCUCCCGCCGCCCAGAAGGGCCUCGUUUCGGGCCGGGCCGCCGAGCCCCUCCAUCCGCGGCGUCCCCCCACCUCCGGUUGCGGGAUAG